GCCUUUUGCACUCAGGCUGGGUGUCAAUGAGCUGCUACUGAGUAGCGAGACGCGGCGAGAGCGAGAAUCCCAGCCACGAAUCAAGAUCGACGCCUGGAAUCAUUCAGAGAGAGAGAGAGAGAGAGAGAGAGAUCUAUUCUGGGCUGCCCUCGUCUAAUUCGCAUCUCCGGACUCAGCCUGUUGGGGGAACACACACACACGCACACACACAAAGGAAACCCAUCGAGAGGAGGCUUUCGCCUUGCAGCGGUGUUUUUGGGGGGGUUGUUUUGGUUUUUUGGUGCGGAGGAGCCCUUUGUGGUUUAUUUCUGCUUGCAUGUGCAUCGCACUCCAAAGAUCCGGUGAGGAACGAAGCACGGAAGGAGGACAGCCGGCCCCCCGCGCGAUGGAAAGCUGAAGAGCAUCGAUCGCUUCUCGUGUCCUUGGUUGCACUUUUUUGGUGCGCGCGCGCGCGUGUGUCUGAUCAGAGGAAACCAGCUUUGCCACGCGUGGAUCUUUGUGCCCCCCCUCGCUCUUCCUAGUGGUGACGGUGCCUUUCAUUUUUUUUAAGAGCAUCUCCCCUCCCCAAAAGAAUCGAUAACCAAAUAGUGUGCAUUCUCCCCCUCUUUUAAAUUUCUAUUUUCUCUCUCCCCCCCCCUUUUUUUUUUUUGGCGGUGGAGUUUCUUACUGACCCUUUGAAGUUAAAUGCGCCCUCGUUAUUUUGGGUUGCAUUUCUGGAUAGCCCUUCCUAUCAGGAAAAAGGUCCAGACGCCAUCUACAGUUAAAACGUAGGGUUUUUAAAAAAUAAAAUAAAAAUCUUUCCCCCCGUUUCCCUCUUACUGAAGAAGCAGGAAAAGGAAAACCCGAGUCGUCUGCUGCAGCACGUUGCUUUUCGAAGGGAGGGAUCAGGAAAACCAAAUACUGUUAACCAAACUCUUUUCCGCCUUCCAAAUUUUACGGUUUUGAUUCUUUAUUGUCAUUCUGGUAGCGGGGUUUCCUGCGAGGCCACGUUUCGCAAACGUGCACGCUUUUCGUCUGUCCCGCAGUUCGCGUGACUUCGCAGCUCUUGAGCGAAACAUUCCCAGCAUUCGAACCCGGCGUGGGGGCGGGGGGCGGGGGUUCGCUGGGAAGAACCCCUUCCAAUUGACUUCAGCCUCCCUAGCCAAGCCGACUCCCCCUUCUCUCGGCUGUAUACAUUGGACUGUAAUCUCCCAUAAACCUGCCCUCACAGCACCCUUUCAGCGACAGCACAAAGGCAUCAUUGCUGGCCUGUGGCAAGCGACGGAUCUUCAGCUAGCCCCGAAGGGUGUAGGGGUGUGUGAGUGAUUUGGGGGGGUGGGUUUCUUGGAGGGUUUGGUCUCUCCAUCCCCAUGAACAUACAAAGGUCAACCCCAAUCACGAUAGCACGCUAUGGAAGACCUCGGAAUAAAACCCAGGAUUUCGAGGAGCUCUCGUCCAUAAGACCCACCGAGUCCUGCCAGAGUUUCAGCCCCAACCUAGGCUCCCCGAGCCCGCCAGAGACUCCGAACUUGUCGCAUUGCGUUUCUUGCAUCGGGAAAUACUUAUUGUUGGAGCCUCUGGAAGGAGAUCACAUUUUUCGAGCCGUACAUCUGCACAGCGAGGAGGAGCUGGUUUGCAAGGUGUUCGAUAUUGGCUGCUACCAAGAAUUGCUUGCGCCAUGUUUUUGUCUGCCUCCUCAUGACAACAUCAACCAAAUCACUGAAAUCAUUCUUGGGGAGACAAAAGCGUAUGUGUUUUUUGAGAGGAGCUAUGGGGACAUGCAUUCCUUUGUUCGUACCUGCAAGAAGCUGAAGGAGGAGGAGGCAGCCAAACUCUUCUAUCAGAUAGCAUCUGCUGUAGCGCACUGUCACGACGGCGGACUGGUACUGCGGGAUCUCAAGCUGCGGAAAUUCAUCUUCAAGGAUGAAGAACGGACUAGAGUAAAAUUGGAGAGCCUUGAAGAUGCUUACAUUUUGCGAGGAAAUGACGACUCCCUUUCCGAUAAGCAUGGAUGCCCAGCCUAUGUGAGCCCAGAGAUCUUGAACACAAACGGCAGCUACUCUGGCAAGGCAGCAGACGUGUGGAGUCUAGGAGUCAUGCUUUACACGAUGCUCGUUGGACGCUAUCCUUUUCAUGACAUUGAGCCUAGUUCUCUCUUCAGCAAGAUCCGCCGCGGGCAGUUCAGCAUUCCAGAGACUUUAUCCCCUAAGGCGAAAUGCCUUAUACGUAGCAUUCUGCGCCGAGAGCCCACAGAAAGGCUGACUUCGCAGGAAAUUCUGGACCAUCCUUGGUUUUCCACAGAUUUUAAUGUGUCUAAUUCAGGAUACGGUGCUAAGGAAGUAACAGAUCAGCUGGUGCCUGAUGUCAAUAUGGAAGAGGACUCGGAUCCAUUCUUUAACUGAGCAUUAAGACUAGUGUUUGGGUGGUGUGCAGUUCGGAAAGGAUAACAUGAAGGGAGUCCUUUCUGAUCAUGCAGAAUUAUAUCUGUGUCUCAGCCUGGCUUGAUAGCAAAAAGACAAAUUGGAGGGGCGAUGGGGUGGGGCGGUUGGUCGGAGAAGGAAUGCCCAAGAAAUGAGCUAACACAACAGAUGUAGCAUAAGAAUGGUUAGAUGGGAGAAAUUGUUGCUAUCAAGUUAGAUUGACAUAGAAAAAGAAGGAGGCGGCAGCAUGGAACAACUGUAGCUUCUCGUCUUUAUGGAGCCAAGGACACUGCACUCUCACGCUCCAGUGCAGCCACUAAUCCACUCCUGAUUCCGUUUCAUUCAAAUACUUACGGUUCCCAGUGAAUAAAAACUUUUGCCUCAACUUGCAUCUUGGCAUCGCACUGUUAGAUAUUUAACUUCAGCCAUUAUUCAGGGAAGGUACAAUUAGCUAUUAUUUCAUUCUUUUUGUUUCCUGUUUUUAAAAUCCAAUGUUUCAUAGUUGCCGUGGGAUCCAUCAUUUGGGAUGGCGGGUGGUAGAAUGCACAAAGGAAGACAUGAGAAGUGGGUGCUAAGCAGGACACAUAGUUUCAAAUUCACAGUUCUCCUAAAUAAACUAUUUUAGUUCUUACCAGGAGAAAUGGUAUUUGAAAUAUUCUGUUCCCUUAAGACAGGAAGGGACUGUCACCUAUCAAGGUGCAUUGUAUCUAAUUGGAUUCCCCGCCCCCUGACAGAAUGCUUUUUAAUCCGGCGUAAUCCAGUGGAGUCUUUCCUUAACAGAAAGGCAAGGGAACACAAUUUGGGGUGAUUUCCCCUUGCUGCUUCCUGCCCCCCUCCAAUUUGCUCCAGAGUGUUGGAGAGGAGGCUGGACUUUGGAACAGCAUGGGAGCUGGUGCUGGGAUGCUACAAAAGAAAGGGGGACUUUUUAAAAAAUCACCUCUUCUCCCAACCACCUUUUGUGCUUGCUGAAGCCUCCACUGGAUCAAGGAACCUCCUGUCAGCAGAUAGGAUACAAUUGGAUGCAACCUGUUCUGGGUUGGGUAUGUUUUUUGGUCAAAUGGUUUUGUUGCAGGAAGCAGUAACAAAAGACUUCCAGAUGUGUCUGAGUGCUUGAUUAGCACAAGAAAAGAACACAUCUAUAUUGCUUUUUGAUGGUGUGUUUUUUAAGGGUUGAAAUACUGGCUUCCACUUUGCCAUCUGCACAGAAAUUUGACCACAUAUGAGGAGGGGGGAGGAUCAUGAGAGAGGGGGAAGAAUUCCUUUUAAGUGAUCCAAAUGAAACAACAAACAAACCCUCAUCCUUGAACUAACUUUCCCACUGAAUGUCCUGAACAUGAACAGAGGGGAUCUAUAUUGUUGAAGAAAGAAAAUACGGCAUUCUUCCCCCUCUAAAUUUGUGGAAGGGUUUUCUUCGGUUUUCUUGCUUUUGUUUUUGUUUUAUAAAAAGGAUGCUGUUUUGAUUGUCUUCUCAUUGACCUAUCAAUAAGCUGAACAUUACUAGGACACAGAUCUGUCUCCUAAAAAAAAAAAAAAGUACACAGUAAUAUGCACCUUUCGUAUUGUCAAGAUUUUAUUUAUUGAUGAAACUGUCACGGUUGUGAUGAAUUAAGCCAGUACUUCAAUUACGGGUUGACUUGGGGUGACAUGUUACAUGCUGUAGUAAAUACACUUUUUAUUAUUAUUUUUCUCUUCGGGUAUUCCUGUCCCUGAAUGACAUAUUUUUUAAUUAUUAUUUUACACCCCCAACAUCCCCACUACUUCCCUUAGAGCUUUCGUUUUGAUUUAGACUGGCAAAUGAUUUUUAUUACUGCUUUUAUAUUGCUGUAUGAUAUCGGGGGAAACAAAACAAAACAAAACAAACAAAUCUCUUGGCAUAAAUAUUUGUGUUUCCAGUACCUCAGUUGUUCUGAUGUUACUGCCUUGUAUGCGUUUUUUGUGAAGUGGUCAUGUUUUUUGGAUAGGUACAUGUGGACUCUGUAGUAUGUAAAUGUUACUUGAAUUUUGUGCUUAAUUAUGUGGCAUGUGCGUACAGCUACUUGGCAUUUGACGUAUGGAUGCUAUUUGCCUGCCCUGCAGGAAGGUUUUCGAUCCCACUCUCAAGAUGAUGGUUCAAGAGACAAAGCACUGCGGCUGACCUGCCUUGGUUCUAUUUUGGUAUCUAAGAAUAUAAAGGAGUAUGUUUUUACACUCUGAAGAUGGUGCUGUGUUGAGGGACUCCCCUCCCCCCCAUGUUUAUUUUAUAAACUUGUAGGAAGAAAGAUUGGUGAUGUGCAUGGUGGGAUGUUACUGCCUCUGGUGCUUUGUCUUGUAUUUGGUUUAAUGUUUUUUGUCCUAAUCUCUUCAAUAAACAAAAUUGUGCAUAUUUAACUAAAUUUCAACUUGUGAAGCCUCUU